UAGUGAGAGCCUGGACUUUAGUGGCUCCAAGGGUCUGCUACUAUGGCAGAGAAGCCUGUGCUCCACUACUUCAAUGCCCGGGGCAGAAUGGAGUGCAUCCGCUGGCUCUUGUCUGCAGUGGGAGUGGAGUUUGAAGAGAAGUUUAUAACAUCUCCAGAAGACUUGGAAAAGUUAAAAAAUGAUGGGAGUUUGCUGUUCCAGCAUGUGCCAAUGGUGGAGAUGGAUGGGAUGAAGCUGGUGCAGACCAGAGCCAUUCUCAACUAUAUUGCCGCCAAACACAACCUCUGUGGGAAAGACCUGGAAGAGAGAGCCUUGAUUGAUAUGUAUGCAGAAGGCAUAGCAGAUUUAUGUGAAAUGAUCAUGCAAUUGCCACUAAGUCCUCCAGAUCAAAGAGAUGCCAAAAUUGCCUUAACCAAAGACAGGACAAAAAAUCGUUACUUGCCUGCCUUUGAAAAUGUGCUAAAGAGCCAUAGACAAGACUACCUUGUUGGCAACAAGCUGAGCAGGGCUGACAUCCACCUGGUGGAACUUCUCUACUACAUUGAAGAACUGGACUCCAGCCUUCUGGCCACUUUCCCGCUGCUGAAGGCCCUGAAAAUCAGAAUCAGUAACCUCCCCAAUGUGAAGAAGUUCCUACAGCCUGGCAGCCAGAGGAAGCCUCCUACUGAUGAGAAAACUAUUGAAGCAGGCAGGAAGAUUUUCAAGUUUUAACAAAGCACUGUCUCAGCUUCUUGCCCAGGCCCACACACACCAAAUUUCUGAGGUUUUGCAGCAAGGAAAUGUUUGGCCUAAAUGUAGAAUCUU